AUGCCACUCAAACAACCGACUGGCUUCAGUGAAGACAGUAUUCCCCAUGGACAGUACCAGUCUCCCAUAUUUGGCUCUCUGCCAAGGGAACUUCGAGAUUCAAUAUAUCUCGAGGUGUGGCGGUCUUUUGGCUUAUCUUUGCAUCUAUUCUGGCAUAGCGACGACUUCAGGAACUCGAAAUUUUGCUCUUGGCCAUGCGAAGCUGAGUUCCACGUAGGCGACAAGCGAGAGCAGGAACUAGAGGCCAUCUGUGGAAAUGAUGACCCCCCUCAGUUCCUGCAUGAUCGACUGUGGAACGGCCGCAUUGGUUCUCACUGGCUCAAUCACUGGCAGUGUGAAGAAAAGAUUCUGCAGGCACGAGAAGAUUCUGGAUUCCCGCCAACUAAGAUGGAAGACACUUUCGACAAGAGUCACUGUCCUUGCCGAAAACUUUAUCUCGAGUGUAUCCAGUCACUCUACAAAAGUACGACGUUCGUCCUGACUGGGCCUACCAGUCUUCGAACGUUGUUGGGCCGGACAACGGCAGCGCCUGAUGUCCCAGCUUCGUUCUUAAAACACAUCUGCAAACUGGAGAUAUCAUUGCCAUACGACUUUUAUUCGCAUGGGCUCGUGGAAGAUUCGCCGUACGAUUUCCGGUGGUUGCGUCUGGGCGACCUGGUACCUAACUGCCGACAAUUGAGGAUUUGGAUAGCUGCACCUCAGCAUCUGGGAACACAUGCAGAUAACCUCAGCUAUGUCCCGAUAAUCCAGAUGGAUCACGAGUCACUGCAGCAUGUCUUCUACAAACUGGGCGAAAUGAAACCAGAUUGCAGCAUCACAAUCAGCACGCCACUGGGAGAGUCAAUAGGGCCUGAGAGUGGCUUUGUGGACAGUAUUGCCCAACAUAGGCACGUACAUAUCUGGAAGCGGCAUUCAGGAGAUAAGUUCUAUGCGAAGCCUUCCCCAUUUGACGAUCUCAUAGAAAUACAAACGGACAGGUACGGGCCAAAGCUGUUACUUUUCUAA